AUGUCCCUCUGCCUCCUACUCCUAUGGAUGCUCACCAUUCCUCUCCAAGCCAACUCUCAACCUAACCCUAGAGGUUACCUCCUAAACUGUGGCGCCGGGGCCUCAUCCAAUAAUGACGUGAUUGUAGGUAACCUGAAGUAUGUCACCGAUGAAGGUUAUAUAUCAGUUGGAAAAACAAGCAACAUCAAGAACAAUGACUUGGUUCCCAUACUCACUACAUUGCGCUAUUUUCCAGACAAGUCUGCCCGAAAAUAUUGCUAUGAAAUUCCGGUGAUCAAAGGGGGAAAGUACCUGGUCAGGACGACUUACUAUUAUGGUGGUUUUGAUGAUGGUAAGGAGCCACCGAUUUUUGACCAGAUUGUGGAGGGGACUAAGUGGAGUGUGGUUAAUACAACAGAGGACUAUACCAAUGGACUUAGCUCGUAUUAUGAGACAGUGGUGCUGGCAAAAGGGAGGACACUAAGUGUGUGCCUUGCUAGGAACAACAUGACCGGGACUGAUUCUAGUCCCUUCAUCUCAGCUCUUGAGCUGGAGUACUUGGAUGACUCAGUGUACAACUCCACCGAUUUUAACAAGUAUGCACUUAGUACUGUAGCAAGGGGAAACUUUGGAAUUACUGAUGAUGGUGACGUAGUUGGCUUUCCAGAUGACAAAUUCAACCGGUUAUGGCAACCGUUCAAGGACAACAACCCCGUGUCCACUAACAAGGCCAAUGUCACUCCCUCAGAUUUUUGGAAUGUCCCACCAGCAAAACUAUUCGAGACUUCUGUUACAACAAGCCGAGGGAAGGAACUUCAGAUCCAGUGGCCAUCUGUGUUACUCCCCAGUGCCGCUUACUACAUUGCAUUGUACUUCCAGGACAACAGGAACCCAAGCCCUUUUAGUUGGAGAGUUUUCAAUGUUUCAGUGAAUGGCAAGCCCUUCUCUAGCAAUGUCAAUGUCACCACCAAGGGUUUAACAGUUUAUGCAGCAAAGUGGCCUCUGUCUGGAAACACUGAGAUUGUCCUGACUCCUGGUGCAGGCAUGCCUGUUGGGCCGGUCAUCAGUGCUGCUGAGAUCAUGCAGAUUUUUCCUCUUGGAUUAGAGACUCUCAACAGAGAUGUCACCGCAAUGCAUGAGGUGAAAAGAAGUUUUGACAACCCACCUCCCGACUGGAGUGGAGAUCCUUGUCUGCCUGAAGGCAAUGGUUGGACUGGUGUUACAUGUUCUCAUGACAAAUUUGCUCGAGUAAUAUGUCUGAAUUUAACUAAUGUCGGGCUAUCUGGGUCAAUAGCACCAAGCAUAGCAAACUUAACUGCCCUACACAAUAUUUGGCUUGGCAAUAACAAACUUGCAGGCGAGAUCCCAGAGAUGGGCGCAUUGAAGGAGUUGGAAACUUUGCAUCUAGAGAACAACCAGCUUGAAGGUAAAAUCCCUGAAUCAUUAGGCCAACUUCCGAAACUACGUGAGAUAUAUCUGCAGAAUAACAAACUCAAGGGCGAUGUGCCUAAUACACUACAAGAUAAGAAAAUAAAGAUUCAGUGA